AGGUGGGGCGGGGGGUAAAAACUGACAAAAGAGAGUAGAAAUUUGCAUGGCAGUAGAAGAGGGAUGGGGAGGGUGGUGAGAGAGUGAGAUCAGGAAUCUGCUGAGUCAUCAUGACUGGUCUCAUGAUGAUCGCUCAGCAGCAGCAACAAUAGCCACACUUUAUCAAACACACACGCACACACUGGUCUGAGAGAUGAGAGCCAGGCCAACGCAACACACAAAGCAUCUCAUUGAGAGCUGUGGAGAUGCUCAUCUGUGGAGCUGUGCGCCCUAAGGACUGAUCUCAUCUUUUGCACUUCCAGGCUCCCUCUUUGUUGACUUCUGAUUCAUACUGUUUUGUCUCCAUCCUUUUGUCUCUUGUUUCCGUUGGUACAAAUGCGUAUACAUCGUUUGGUUUGUCCUUAAAUUUGAUCACUAAUAGCUGGUAUUCUGUGUCUGUCUUUCUUUACUUCUCUCCAGUCUUCAUGCUACAGUCUUAGGUAAGGUGUGUGUGUGUGUGUGUGUGUGUGUGUGUGUGUGUGUCAAGGCUCUAACAGUUGGUUUUCCCCUGGAGUCCUUCCCACAAAUUUUACCACUUCCUCUUCUUUCAUGUUUAUUUCAUUCCUAUUGGCCUAAAGCCAACCAAUAAGAGUUCAACAACACAAAGGUAAUGGGUACUGUCAGUGUAACCCCCACGAAACAGGAAGAAAGGUUUAUCACUUUCACUCAUACACUGUAAUAUAGACGCAUAGUAUUUUAACAUGCUCACACGACAAUGCUCAAUUAAUAGAUUUAAAGAAAUUUGGUAUGUUUCCAACUGUGAAGGUCUGUUCAGAAGAGCGAGGCUCUUGUGGCAUGACGACGACUAACAAAGGAAAUAAAGCCUUGAAGGUGAAGCGUGAGCCGGGGGAGAAUGGCACCAGCCUCACAGAUGAGGAACUGGUGACCAUGUCAGUGCGGGAGCUGAACCAGCACCUUCGAGGGCUCUCCAAAGAGGAGAUCCUGCAACUGAAGCAACGGCGGCGCACCCUGAAGAACCGGGGCUAUGCCGCCAGCUGCCGAGUGAAGCGAGUCACCCAGAAGGAGGAGCUGGAGAAGCAGAAGGCCCAGCUGCAGCAGGAGGUGGACAAAUUGGCCAAUGAGAAUGCUUCGAUGCGCGUGGAGCUGGACGCUCUGAGGUCUAAGUACGAGGCGUUACAGACGUUCGCCAGGACUGUGGCACGGAGCCCCACUGUCGGGGUCGGGGUCAGGGCUGGAGGGGGAGGGGGAGGGGUGCCGUCAUCAGUCAUUGGUCCGCUCAUUCCAGGGAAGGUGGCAACAGCGACGAGCGUGAUCACAAUAGUGAAGUCAAAGACAGAUGCACGGUCUUGAGGGAGGGAAAGAUAGAUGAGGUUGGAGUUCAGCUGCAGCAGUGUAAUUCUUCUUCUCUGCCAGCCGCCUCUCCUCCACCUGCACUGACUUCAAACAGCUGGCCAGUCUCGAUCACAUCGCUUCAGCGUACUCCCAUCAUCCUUCUCUCAGAUCAGUGCAGGUGUAGGAAAGGAUGGAAGCAGAGGAAGAUCAUUGAGACUGUAAAGAUGCAAGCCCUUGGUCAGCGCAUGAUCAUUUAGCACAGGACAGAUACACAGGGUUUCCAUGGUCACUGAAAAAACUGGAAAAGUUAAAGAAUUUGAGAUUAGUUUUAUUUCAGGCUGGGGAGAAAGAAAAAAAUCAAACAAUACAAAUCCCUAAAACACUUUGGUAAAAUCAUACAGUUCUAUUCUGUUGCCAUUUAUAUCAGUGAAGUGGUCAGUGGUGAGUUUUACUGCGGGUAGAUAUGUGUAAGUGCGCAAUAAUCCUGUCACAUGUUUGCACACUAAAUUUGGAGUGAUCAUUUGCCUAAACCAAGGUGCAGAACAUUUAAAUUUGCCACACCAAAAAAAUUCAGACACAGAUAUUACAUUUGUAUUAGAAUCAUAAAGACGGUUUUAAUGUAGUACUUACAAGAGCGUCAUUGAUGCAAAUAGUGUUUGCUCCUUGAGUUCCAAAACACAAGAUUUCAUGUGACCUGCAGAGAAGUCCCAUCUUGCUUCAUCCAGCCAAGAACUUUUUCAGAAAAGUACUAUAGAAAAAUAUAUCUUACACACUGGUGGUAACUGUAUUUCUACUGUUUUGUACUGUGUUGUCAUUCACAUGAGGUCCAAAAUGUAUUCUCUCUGUGUGUCAAAUGUUAUAUAUCAGGAAUUCUGUGAAAUUCUGUGGCGUGUGUUCGUUUUGGUAUUGCUAUAUUUAGUUUGCUGUAUUUUUCUAAGGUCUCUUCACUUUCUAUGUCCAACUUCCGCUCUCUUACCUUUUCUUUCUCUGUCCUCCCAUUAUUCAAUUCCAGCUGGUUUCUAGUAAUUACACAAAGCAUUUCUUGGAUCUAACAGAAAGAGGGGGAAAAGGGAAUUGAUAUUUACCAUUUUAAAAAAAACAAACAAUAAACAACAACAACAUACUAUAGAGAAAUGCAGACAAAGUUACUAAAAGUCACUGACCUUUUCACGGUUUGUAAGACUUUUCAUGGAAAUGGUCGUUUGAACGCCAGAGAUAAAUUUGUUCCCUCUCAAAAGUACAUUCAAGAAAACUGGAAGGGCAAGUGCCUUGGUCUCCUAACGAUAUGCAUCAAGAAGAAUCUAGAGGACAUGAGGAACUGUGGAGAUUCAAUAUAGGUGUUUGCUUAUACCUGUGCUUAAUGGGAUACACUGACCAAUCAGCAAUCAGUUUGCGGCAGUAUUUAACUCUGGCUGUACAUUGUCAUAUGGGCUGUAUAGUAUCCAGCAGGAUUAUAAUACUAACAACACCUGUUUGUGUGACUUGACAGUUCUUUUACUUCAAGGAAAAAACAAAAGGGUCUGCACAAAAGGAGUCUGUAUUUAUCCCAGUUUUCUUUGCCCAGAACAUGCUUUUUGGAAAGAUAAUGUCCAUAUAUCUGUUUGAUGUUAAUUUUCUAGUUCGCAUAUUUUAGAGCUUGAAUGGCUACUGACUCAGAAAUUUAGGUUGUUACACCCACAGCUAAAUUUGUCGCUACAAAUCAAAGUGGUUUACAUUUGCAUUCCUCUUGCUUUUAACCACAAAGCUCAGUUUGCAAGUGCAAAUGUGAUGACCAAAAGUGCAGUCAGCUAGUAAAGAUAUUUCUCUGAAUUUUCAGUCACACAAAUGGGAUAUCAGUUCACAUGAGUUUUACCAUAAAAGUAGUCAUCUGUGGUGUUCAAUACUCAAUGAAUCUUUGUCUAUGUAUGGUAGAGUCCGAAAUUUUAUAAAGACAAUUAUCUUUGCAUUGUUUGUAAUGACCUGUAAAAAAAAGGUAUAACAAAAUCUGUUUGAUAUACAGUAUCUCUCUAUUUUGCAAUUGUACCAAAAGUGGCUUAACUACUGAAUAGCUUUGUUUUUUUUCUCUAGUGACUAGGCACGUGUGUGUAACCGUGAACUAGCGUGUGGUGUGCUGUGUAGGUAUGUGACGAGGUAACUAUAACGUUCACUAUUUCAUGGAUAUGACUUUGAUCGUUGUUUGAUUUCGGGCCGAAGCGGGUGAUGACAUCGUGGGUAACUGCACUCUUUUCCAUAAUCAUAAAAUCUUUGUCCUCCUGGCCCCAUCACCCAGCCCCAGCACUUCAGACGUGUUAAAUCUUGUGUUUAUCUGCUCCUAAUCUGUACCUAUGAUUUGUACGUUUUACUUUCUUUAGCAGACCCAUUUUCCUUAUUUCUGAGCAGGCCUUUGUGGCUUCCUCUUGGAAGCUUUCAAAGGUCGUCUUUGCAAAUUGCAAAUUGAUGACCAAUGAUAUGAGGAAGUUGGUUGACCUAACAAACUUCAUCAUAUGUGUAUUUAGGUCAUCUGGCAGGUAACAAAGAUGUGAAACUCAGCAAUGGACCUACAUGGCUGCAUCACCCCCUACUCUUUCGAUAAGUUAUUUUUGUAGUGUGUGAUAAAGGUGUUUGUUUUUGCUGUGUACAUUUUAUAUGGUUAUGUAUAUAUAAUGUUGUUCCUGAUUUGUCGUUUUUUUGAGCUGUUCUGUAAGUGUCAGGGAAGUGAAACAAAUUUGUUUAUGUAUGUGGUGUUUUAUGAAGUGAAAAAAUGUAUUCUGCUAUUUAAUAGUUUGUCUGUCAGAGAGGUAGGUUUACCUUAUAAAAUACAAUUGCCUCAAACAUUUUUUCAUUUCAGUGAAUGAAAAUCUAAUUUAAAUUGAGUCAUUUACUGAGACAGAAACAAUUUACAGCGAUAAAAAUAAGAGUAUGUCAGCCUUUUACCUGAACCACCACUUUUCCACUGUGAAGAAAAAGGGGUUAGUUAGCCUACUGCUGUGCAGUUAUUAAGAUAAGUAAGGCAUGUCUUCAUCUGUUCUCUACAUUAAUAGAAAAUAAAAUUCAAACAGGUGAACAUCAAGCAAAGUCAUUGGAAGAGUCUGAGGUUUUGAACUAUUAUUUCUGCAUUAUCUUUACGCUGAUAACCGUUUGCAGGUUCAGUCAACUGUGAAAUCAGAAAGCUACAAAUGUCAAAUGAAAAUGUCUGAUAUACAUUUUCACUGGACUCUUUGGUAUUCAGCUAAAAACAAAUAUUAGGCAUCACACCCAGUAUACUGAUAUAUGCUCACUGUUUUUUAAAGUAAACAGUAUGUCCUGUUUUGUAUACUUAAAAUUAGAUUUUUUUUUUUUCAUAUAUUCUUUGUUGCUUCCUGUCUGUCCUUACAUUUGCAUGAUGACAGAUGUAUUAUGCUGGCAAGUCUGGUGCAGUGUGUUUGGUAUAAAAGAGGAGGAAACACAUGACCUCUGCUAAGAUUAGACUGUAUCAAGUCAAAGGAAAAUGUAAAAUCUCAUCAGAGGGAGCUUGUCAGACUGUACAUACUGUAUGUGCUACUGUCAAAGCAUACAUUUCCACCUGGUUUGUAUUUUGAUUAUCCUCUUGUUAAAAAAUGAUGCAUACUUUGUAAACAAAUGUGUUAACAUGGUGGCUGCUGUCAAACAGACGUCUCUAAUUAUGCAAACUGUGUAGGGCAAAAUUAGAACUCCUGCUACACAGGAGUGGUGAUGAUAUCGUAGUCCUGUCAAGUUGUCUGUUUUAUAAUUGCAGGUACAAUGUGAUGUUACAGUGUUAAAGAGUUUAUAUACAAUGUUUAGCAGUUUAUACCUGGUUUUAAAUGCCAGUGCCAGUUUGUCUCUAUUAUAAUUUGACUUAUGUUGCUUUUUUGAUGUUGUUUUCCUACUGGGAACACGUGAAAUCAAAUGUUUUAUCCAUUUUCUAAUUGAGAGAAAGACUAAAUGACAAAUAUGCUGCAGCUGUCAUGCAAGGCCUGGAGUUUAACUGAAGAAUAUCUGUAGUUUUGUCUUCCAGAAUUGAAUAUCUUGUGGUUGUAAUAGAGUCGUGUUAGGUCUCUAAACAAAAUGAGGUGAAACAUUACAGUUUAUUCCUUUUCACUCAGCAGACAUGAUCAGCUGAUAACACUGACCUUGAUAAAUAGACAGGAUGGCUUUGCAGCUUUUCAUAAAAGAGUUUAAGACCUUGUAGGACAGAUUGACCUUAUUUUCUUCUGCCUGUACUGGGUCAUGCUCUCCUGAUGAAAAUACGUUUCAUCACAAACCCAAGCAACCACUCUUAAACCACAUUUAUAAAUAUUUUACAGAGGUAGAAAGCAGUGAUGGAGACGUAUCUGAUAAAACUCUUAACGAUGUCUCACUCUAUUUAUCCUUAUUACAAAGUCGGCAAGUCAACUCAGCUGACAUCCAUGCCUUUCUUCAAACUUGCGAUUCUUCUAGAAGAUGCAAAUCAUUAACUCCUUAUCUUUGCUGCUUGGCCAAUCGGUAUGUGGUCAUUCAGUUGUUUUUCCUAGUGAAUCACGCCACCGGACUCUAAAAGCCCUUUCACCCACCUCCAAUGACGAUCGAUGAAAGUAAAUGAACCAAGGAUUGCUUUGAUCGUUUGUUUGGUGUUUUCAUCAAUAAUAAUGUUUGCUUUACCUCCCAAGUUACCCACUUCCUUCUACUGCUCUCUCUUAUUCUCUCUGUUUCCCCCUGCUUAGUUGUUCAGCCUCUUACAUAGCAUUCUUGCCAUGAGUAUAGCUAUCAAUUGCACUUAUUUUGGCCUUUUUUUAAAACUUAAUUUUACUCCUAAUAACAUUUUGUUUUCUCCAUCAAUCCACAUGCGUCUGCUAGUGAGUGUUCGGUCAUGGAGUCUGGGAUACUUUUGUGUUUCUAAAAGUAUAUAAUGGUCAGUUUGAAUCUAUAGAAAAGUAGUGAGUUUGUGUGAAUAUGGCAUAGCCUAUUCAGAAAAGCCCUUGUAAUUGAAAAUUCUGUGUUUUUGUAAUAUUUCUGUAUGGGGUGUAAUAAAUUAUUCUAUGACAGUACUUUCUAUGGGAAAAUACUUAAAAUGUGACAGUCUUUGUAAGUAUUUAUCUUCAACUAAAUUAUUGUACUUUUUUUGCAAUUUGUAGAUACAUUCAGUGAUGAAGAGAAGAUAUUGGUAAUCAUGAAAUUAACUGUUUCAUCAUCGGUCUGAUGCAUCUUUUAAUUUAUUGAUGUAUAUAGUGUAUGUUUGUUGAUAAACAGCUUACUUUAUUUUGUAUAUGACCAAUAAACAUGUUUUCAAAUGGAA